AAUCCCUACGAGAAAUUAGGAAUGGAGCGGCGGUGCCACUACGAGGUGCUCGGCGUCGACCGCGGCUGCUCCGCCGACGAGAUCAAAUCGGCGUACCGUAAACUCGCCCUGCAGCGCCACCCCGACAAGCUCGUCCGCACCGGCGUCUCCGAGGCCGACGCCAACGCUCAAUUCCAGGAGCUCGGCCAAGCCUACGAGGUCCUCUCCGACCCCAAGGAGCGAGCCUGGUACGACUCCCACCGCUCCCAGAUCCUCUUCGCCGAUCCCGAAGCCGCCGGCGCCGUCGUCCCCGACCUCUUCACCUUCUUCUCCACCACCGUCUUCUCCGGCUACUCCGACUCCGGCAAGGGCUUCUACAAGGUCUACGGCGACGUCUUCAACAAAAUCUACUCCAACGAGCUCAGCUUCGCCCGGAAGCUAGGGCUGGGGAUCGACGCCGUGAGGGAGGCGCCGGCGAUGGGGAACCUGAAGAGCGACUACGCGCAGGUGACGGCGUUUUAUAACCACUGGCUAGGGUUUGGCACGGUGAUGGAUUUCUGCUGGACGGACCAGUAUGACGUCACGGGGGGCCCGAACCGGAAGUUGAGGAGGUUGAUGGAGGAGGACAACAAGAAGCAGAGGAGGAAGGCGAAGAGGGAGUACAACGAGACGGUGAGGGGUCUGGCGGAGUUUGUGAAGAAGAGGGAUACGAGAGUGAGGGAGAUGGUAAUGAAGAAGGAGAAGGAGAGGGAAAUGAAGAAGGAGGAGGAGAGGGAGAAGAAGAAGAGGUUGGAGAAGGAGAAGUUGGAGAGAGCUAUGACGUAUGAGGAGCCGGAGUGGGCGAAAGCGGUGGAGGAGGAUGAGGAGGAGGAGGAGGAGGAGGAGGAGGAGGAGGAGAGGAAGAGGAAUGAGCUGUACUGUGUGGUGUGUGGGAAGAAGUUUAAGAGUGAGAAGCAGUGGAAGAAUCACGAGCAGUCGAAGAAGCAUAAGGAUAAGGUUGCUGAGUUUAGGGAAUCGAUUGUGGAUGAGGAGGAUGUAGGUGGUGAGGUGGAUGAUUUAGGUGAGCAAAUGAGGGAGGGUUUGGAGAUUGGAGAGGAGGGAGAUGGAGAUGGGGUUGGAGUGAGUGGCGGCGAGGAUGAGUUUUAUGAUUUUGGUGAUGAAAUUCGCAGGGAAAAAGUUGACGAUGAGGAUGGUGAUGAUGACGAUGAAAUGGAACUUCUCCGAGCAAUGGCGGCAAGGCACAAGAGUAGGGAAAGGGUUGAUAAUGAUGAGGAGGAGGAGGAGGAGGAGGAGGACGAUGACGGUGAGGAUGACGAAAUGGAACUUUUAAAAGCAAUGGCAGCCAGGCAGAAGAGUAGGGAAAAUAUUCUUGAAGAAGUUGGUGUUGAAGAGGAUGAUAGUGAGAGUGAUGAUGAAAUGGAUGUUCUUGAAGCAAUGGUGGCCGGGAAAAAGAGCAGGAAAAAUGCAGCUUCAAAAGUUGAGGUUGAGGAUCCCUUGGUGACCGGUGUUGAUGUGGACAGUGAUAGCAAUGGUGUAGAGUCCAUUCCGAUGGAAUAUGAGAAUAGAAAACCCUCAAGAAGGAAAGCGAAAAAUAAGAAGAGUGGUGCAGAAACAAAAAGAGUUGAUAUGAAUGAUAUUAGUAAUGAUCAAAGUGAGGCAGGUGAAAUUGACAAUUCAGAUAUAAAGGAAUCCACAUCUGAUUCCGUAGCGGAAAAUGCGAGUAGUAAUGACAGACAGGAUGAUCAAAUAGCCAGAAAGAAGAAAUCUUCAAAACAGACUAUUGAGAAGAAGAAAGAGAAUGUGAAGAAAGAAGCCAUCGGAAAAUCAAAGAGCUCAUCCAAAGGGAAGAGAGCUAAGGCAACAUCAAAGAACACUAACAAUGCAUGCGAGGCAUGUGGAGAGGAGUUUGGAUCAAGGAAUCAAUUGCAUAAGCAUUUAGGUGACACUGGACAUGCUUCACUGAAGAUGUGAAGAACCAAUGAAAGAACUGUACUGAAUAUUGGAUUGAUGCGAGUAAACUAUGAACAGUAGAAGCCAGUUGCAGACAUUGAUUGGCGGCAAUUCUUUAUCACGAGCAUUCCUUCGUAUCAUAAAGUUGCUGAAAAUAUGAAAGGGACUCUGCAGGGAACCUUUCUUCUUUUCCUUUUUUUGGAUAACCAGAACCAAUGCUAGAGUAGUAUAAAUGCAACAAGGGGCAUGUGGGCAAAGCAGUACUACAGAAGCAGUCCCUACAGAAAUGCAACCUUGUAAAGGGGCCCGAGGGCAAAGCAGUCUGCUGGUUUGGUCUGGCUUUUCUUCGGUCUUCACCAAAGGAGAAACCGUAGAAUGAAAUGAUAGAUAAUUAGUCGAUUUGCCUUUAUGCUAAUGAAAUUUUGAUGGAUUUUAUAUAAACUUUAUUAGAGGGUAUCCCUUCAUUUUUGUUUGGAAUUUGGCGAACUUUAUCUUCAAU